GUGAGCGGGGUGCAUAUGGCCCCUUCCCCCGGGAAUCCGCCUCCGACCCGGGGAAUCCCCGCGAUCAGGCGGGGCCCCGAGUCCCAGCCCGCCCCGCUGGGCGGGGCUAGUCCCCAGCCUAAGAAGCCGCUGGGCGGCAGGCACGGGUCGCUGUGUAGCCGCUCGGAGACCGGCCCGCAGGGUCUCUGGGCUUGCUCCAGGGAGCCGGCGGCAGCAGCAGGAAGCUCCGCUGGAAGGACACGUAGCCAGGAGGCGAGCAGCGGCCGAGGGGCUCCGGGUCCCCCCGUUCCCUGGGGCGCACCGAGGGCUCUGCCCGGGGAGCCCCGGGUCUCCCCUCCCCGCCGUCCUCCUCCUCCGGGGGCCCCGGGUCUCCCCUGCCCGGGGGGGCGCUCGGGCUGCGCUCUCCCUGCCCGCGCCCCGGGCGCACGGGGCUCCGGCCGCGCCAUGAACCGCUGCGCCGUGCAGGGGCUCUGCCUGCUGGGCUACGCGGGCUACCUGCUGCUGGGCGCGCUGCUCGUCUCCGCCAUCGAGCGCCCCUACGAGAGCCGGCUGCGGGCCGAGCUGCGCUCGCUCAAGGCCGCCUUCCUGCGGGCCAGCCCCUGCCUGAACGAGAGCGCGCUGGAGGCGCUUUGGAGGCGGGUGCUGAGCGCCAACAGCCGCUACGGGGUGUCGGUGCUUGGCGGAACGGGCUCGGCCCGGCGCCUUCCAGCUGGGACGUUCGCCUCCGCCUUCUUUCUCCAGCACGCCUGGUCACCACCGUUGGGCUACGGCUAUACCACACCGCUCUCAGACUCCGGCAAGGCCUUCUGCAUCUUCUAUGCCCUGCUGGGGGUGCCCUUCACCAUGCUGGUGCUGACAGCCACGGUGCAGCGCCUGGCCCGGCUCUUCGUCCACCGGCCCCUCGAGUACCUCCAGCUGCGGUUGGGCUACAGUCACCAAGUGCUGGCCCAGGCCCACUUCCUGCUGCUGCUGCUGGCCGUGCUGGUCGCCUUCUUUCUGCUGCCGGCCGCCAUCUUCAGCGCCCUGGAGGAGACCUGGAGCUACCUGGACGCCUUCUACUUCUGCUUCAUCUCGCUGUGCACCAUUGGGCUGGGUGACUACGUGCCGGGCGAGCAACCCGGCCAGAAGCUGCGGGCGCUCUACAAGGUCUCAGUCACUGUGUACCUGCUGCUGGGGCUGAUGGCCGUGCUGCUGGUUCUACAGACCUUCCACAAGGCGGCCGACCUGCACGGCCUCACCGACCUCUUCCUGCUGCCGGCUGAUCGCCGCAGCGACCAGGAGCCCAUCCUGCAGCCCGAGGUGCCGCCGGAGGAGCCGGCGCAGGGCGAGAAGCCGACACCUGCCAGCGCCCAGCUCAACACGGGCAGCCGAGCCAACUACUCCUCCAUCAGCAGAUAGCAUCAGCUGCAGAGGGGGCCCCGUUCCCGGGGCAGCUCCCUGCAGGGACCGUGCUGGCACCCGUGGCAGGCUCAGGCUUUUGCCCGGGCGGUGCUGGGGCCUGGCGCGGCUCCUGUCUGCAUUUUGUGGGGGAAGCUCGCCCAGGGUUUUAAUAAGGCCAUUAAAGGCCACUGUUUUCAGUGGCCAUUCGCCAGGUUUUAUCGCGGGGCAUGUGGCUGGGACCUGCCCUGUUUCCCAGACCCACCCCUGCCAUGCUGGGGACCCUGGGCCAUGGAGCCGACUGCAGGGGGCCAGCCCCCCGGCGCCGCAGGCUCUGGCUGACCGAGGGGGGUGAAGGUGACAGGCUGUGUGUGGGGCUGAGCUGGGGCCUGGCCAGGCCUAGUUUGAGUUUUAUAUGUGUGUGGGGGGGGGGGGGGGCGAUUCCAUGCAUGCCCGAGGCUUGGGGGCAAUGCCCCUCUUGCCCCCCAAAACUCUAUUCCUCCACCCCUACCAGCUCGGAGCCCCCAAGAGCCCCCCUGCAAGGAGCAGCAUGUCAUGGGGCACCCGCAAGGGAGGGAAAAGCCCCUUCCCCUGGGGGGCCCAGCUGUCUGUGCAGCUGUGGCAGAGACCCCAGCCCCAGGAGCGGGGAUCCCUGGCAGGACUAGCGAGGUGCCGCCUUUGGGGAGGGGAGGGGAGGGGGGAGACUUUGUGAUGCUUUGGCAGGAGCCGGGUGGGGAGCUGUGCUGGGUUGGGGACCCGGUGUCCCACCCCCCCGGGCAUGGGGGGACCCAGCUAUGAUGCGAUGGCAGCUGCUCUGUACCCUUCAGAGCUGGCAGUGCUGCCCGUGGGUCUGUCCAGCACAGGACAUAGCCCCAGGCUGUGCUGCCCAGCAGGAGUAGGGGUGGGGGGGUCCCCCUGCAGGGGGAGAGGGGAAAGGAGGGCCCCCCCCGCGCACACACACACACACACAGCCGCUGGACUCUGCCAGGAUCCUUUUCAUGCAAACUCUUUAAUGAACCAGGUUGAACCAUCACAGGGGUCUUGCCUGCCACCACUCAGGGAGGGUUCUGGGGCUGCUGCAUAUGCCUGCCCCCCACUGCAGGCAUCUGCCAGGGCCCGCGGCCGGAUGCUGCUGCCCCUCCAUGGCGCCAGGUGCAGGAUGGAGCAUGGCAAGACAGGCACUACCCUCGGGGGUGAUGGCCCCUCCCAUCUUGCCAAGUGCUGCCCCUCAGCCCCGAUGGGGUGUCGAGUGGCAGCACCCUCUGCCAGCCCAGGAAUCUGCUUUGUGGGGGGACGUAGAGCGAACACCCCUGUGUCCCUCGCUCAAGCACUCGCCCCUGGGAACCCCCCCUCCCUACCCCCAGGCCUGUGUGUGCCAGCUGUGCCUGGCAGCUGGAAGGGCGAAUGGUCCCGGGCACAGAUGGGUAGCAGGAGUCUGAAUAAAACAUUGCUGGAA